GUAUGGGAGGAUGUACUGAUAAUCCAUGUGUACGUGGUUGUAUAUGUUUUUUCCGAUGGGUACCCGUGGUUUUGAUACUUGCCGUUAUUGUAUGGGCUUACUAUGCUUAUGUUGUUCAGUUAUGUUUCUUCGAUAUUUUUGUGGUUGAUGCAGGUCAUUGUUUGUUUCAGUUCUAUUUGACGUCGGAAAUUCGUCGAGACAUGGAGAUGGCCGCAGACGAUACGGAGUGUCGUCAAAUAUUAGAAAGAUUCGUUCGUUUGAAUCAAAUACCAGUCACAAAUUUAUCUUUUGAUGGAAGUAAGCUUUCUUUUCUUAGCCUUAUUGAAUUUUUAAAGAAUUUAUCAUUUUCAAAUAAUUUCAAUGUUCAUUUCUCCAAUACUGUCCUCCUAUUAUUCUCAUUAUGCUUACUGUUGUUAUUAUUAAUAUUUUUUGUUCACAAGAAAAAAGUUUCUGAACGAUUGGCAUUCGAUAAUUUACAGGCACUCGUUAUUGUUAUAAAUGUAUGUGUGUGA